AUGGCUAGCUUCUACCUAGAGAACAUGAUGGUUUGCAUCAUUUUGGGGUUUAAAGCUUUGUAUAUGUCUCUCUUGUUCGUCGCCGUCACAAGUAGUUCGGCCACGAUACCAAAAGUCUUCGACGUCCAAAGCUAUGGUGCUAAAGGAGACGGUAAAACGGAUAAUACCAAUGCGUUUACAAAUGCGUGGAAAGAUGCAUGCGCAUAUAAUGGACGUAGCAGAGUUUACAUACCAAGAGGAACGUUCUAUCUCGGUGGUGUAACGUUCAAAGGACCAUGCAGUGGUAAGAUUUCGUUUUUCAUCGAUGGAACCUUAUUGGCUCCAUCGAACAAUGACGACAUUAAAAGUGACACGUGGAUCAGCUUCCAGUACAUCGACUAUCUCACCAUCACCGGCAGCGGCAUUAUCGACGGUCAAGGAAAAGAGUCUUGGCCACACGAUGAGUGCUAUAAACAUGAUAAAUGUCCUCUUCUUGCCAUGAACAUGGGAUUCGAUUUCGUGAACAAUUCAAGAAUCAAAUGGAUAACUUCACGAAACAGCAAAGCAGGACACUUUAAUUUUUUCAACGUCGACCAUUUCAACGUCACCGACGUCACCAUAACAGCUCCCGGCGAUAGCCCCAACACUGACGGGAUCAAAAUAGCCUUUUCAAGCAACGUUCAAAUCUCCAACACUCACAUCGGCACCGGAGAUGACUGUAUCGCCAUCCUCUCCGGUAACACUAAUUUUGACAUCUAUAACGUCACUUGCGGUCCCGGACAUGGGAUCAGUGUUGGAAGCUUAGGAAAGAGCAAAGAAGAGAAGAACGUUGAGGGCAUAACGGUUAGGGAUUCGGUCUUUACCGGCACGAUCGCCGCCGUACGGAUCAAGACGUGGGAAUCUUCGGCUUCUACGAUCGCCAUUUCCAAGAUCGUGUAUGAGAAUAUACAGAUGGUCGAUGUCGAAAGCCCUAUCAUCAUCGAUCAGACGUAUUGCCCUUUUCCGCCUUGCGAAAAAGCGGGAGAUUCUCAUAUUCAAGUCCAAGACGUGACACUGAAGAACAUUUGGGGAACUUCAAGGAGUAAAGUGGCUGUGAAUCUGGAAUGUAGCAAAAGCUUCCCGUGCAAAGAUAUUCAGUUAAUUGACAUCAACUUAAAGAACAAUGGACCCGGCGGUCCAGCCACCGCAUUGUGUGAGAACGUUAAAGGCUCAGCUCGAGGCACGAUGGUUCCUCCGAGUUGCCUCAAUUGA